CUACAGAAAAUUUCCCCAAUCGUCUCCUCAGUCCUCACCCACCUCCCAUCCCCGCCGCCGCCGUCGCAGCCGCCUCACCUCGCCUGACCUCCACAGCUGGUCUCCACCGCCCCCAUCUUCACUGCUGGUAUCCGCCGCCGCCGCCGCCACAAUCCACCACACCGACCCCCACUUUCACCGCUGGUCUCCGCCUCUGCCGCCCAACCGCCACCGCCGGUAUCCAUUCUCCAGGACCCCUGUACCAAACCACCGAGCACCGGCAGCCGGGAAAUGGCCGCGCCGUGCACUUCGAUCCUAAACGACCGUCUGGCCGUCCUCCUGGAGGACAUCUUCCUCCUGCUGCCCGGCGCAGCAGACCUCGUCCGUGCCUCCGCCGCCUGCGUCCCCUUCCGCCAGAUCGCCACCGGCAGCUCCUUCCUCCGCCGCUUCCGCAAAACACACUCUCCGUCCUUCAUCGGCUUCGUGGACUAUCAUGGCUUCCGCCCCGCGCUCCGGCCUCACACUUCCGCGCCCAUCGCCGAUGCCGUCGCUCGUGCCGCCGCCGACUUCUCCUUCUCCUUCCUCCCUCGCCCCAACCGCUGCAGCUUCACGGGAGACGCCGGCUGCUGGAACGUCAGGGACAUCCGCGGCGGCCGGGUCCUCCUCGACCGCGGCCCCAAGCGCGAGAAGGGCUCAGUGGUCUUCCCGGAGCUCGCGGUGAGCGACCCGUUGCACCGGCGAUACCGCCUGCUCCCGCCGAUCCCUGACGACCUAGCCGUGUUGGUGAGGGACGCACUUGAUCUGACUUACUCCCCGAAGCGCCGCUGCCAGGUCGUCCUCGGCCCCGUCCCCGUCCCCGCCUUCAAGGAAGUGAAAGUGGAACCGGAAGAUGAAGAGACUUCAUUCCGCGUAAUCUGGAUGGCACAGUGCAGGACUAAGCCGAUGGCAUUCCUUUAUUCUUCAAGCACCGGAUAAUGGCAAGCCAUUGCAUCAGACGGUUGGAGCAAUUUGUUAGGUUGUGACACACCUGUAUCUUUGGAAUCCCGUUUGUUCCAAAGGUGUGAUCACGCCUAUGGAUGUUUGUACUGGCCGAUGUAUGAGCCGGAAGGCGGCCUGAAGAAUUAUCCAAGGGAAGUUAUGCUCGUUCUUGACACCAUGAGGAUGGAGUUUUCUGUUGCUGAUUUGCCACCCGGAAGAAGGUGGAGGGGGCGAAACUUUGCUAUUGUGGAGGCAGGGGAAGGCAGGCUUGGAUUGAUUGCUCACUCAUCAAAUGGGACACUAGAAUAUACUGUUAGGCAGAACACCGAGGUGAAUGAGUGGCAGAUAGAGAAGAUAAUCCCAUUGGCUUACGGUGACCAUACUAUCAUACGUGUAACUGAGAGGUACUUGCUCCUGCUAAGGUCAGAUGUGAAGAUGGACUUCAACACAUUUCAGUUUGAGAGGCUUUAUGAGAAGUCUGAAUGUUUCUCACUAGAUGUCAAGACAUUUAAGCUUGAGAGUGUGUGUGAGAAAAAUAACGUCACAUGUGGGCCCAUAUACACUAACUUCCCACCAUCACUGUCCUCAAGGACAGUAUGAAAUGCCAGCAUCCUUGAGCCUGUGCAUGUUGUUCUUUCCUAUUCCAUGAUGAAGAUUUUUGCUCUUACACAAGUUUAUUAUCAGCCCCUAAAAAAUCUGCAGAAUUGCCCGGCCUGUGAAGUUCUUAGACAGUUUCUAUGUCAGUGAUGAAAAGCUUCAGAAGGGUGUCUUGGUAAUUACAUCCUGAAGAGUGAUUGGCGCCGUGCUGCAAAAGAAGUGCUUUUCUUCUUCCCUAGUGGAAGUUCUAUCCUAGUACUUUUGUAUGAGCUUUGCCAGUUUAUCUAUAAGGGUGGUCUGUUCCCUUUUGUCAUAUUGUUUCUGUUUGGAACAACUUGUUGAGCUCUAUCUUAUAGGACUAAUGCAUCGUAUGGAUUUGAAAAAAAAUUAAAGGUUUAAAUUCCUGUGAUUUUCUGGGCCUGGAGCUCCCUAAUUGGUUGGCGAUAGCAAAAUCUAUCCUGUUGGACUUUGUCUUGUGAAGUUCAUUGCAAAAUGUGCUCUAUUUAUUGCUGCUUGUUAAUUGUGCUGGAGAAAUGUCUGGACAUGAAAAAUAGAUGUAAUAUUAUCAUGAUGCUUCUCUUAAAUGUCUCACAAAUAUGUCCCUUAUUGUUCCCCAAUGUAAUGUUUAUUUGUUUGUUGAUACAACCGUCUCAAAAACGUAUGAA